AUGUCGGACGAAAGGAAAGGCGUGUCUCUAAGGACCAAGAGGAAGGGUCGUCCAGCAAUAAGUGCCCCCAAACAGAUAUCUGGUCCAAUUCCACAAACCGGAGGAGAUGCUUCACGAAGUGCUGGGCAGCCAUCCUUCAAUGCCCCGCCCACGCAACGUCCUCAGCCUGGCGGAAAGACAUCUGAUCUAGUGAAACGGCGAUACUCUACUCGAUUUAAUAAUCUUCCCUCUGACUUCGACCCUUCCGCUCCUCCUCUCCCAUCUGUUCCCAAUUUACCAGCUCAGUAUGCUCCAGCGAACGACCGUUCACGAGGUCCCUCGCCGGCGAGAGGACCUGGCUUGGUAGUAGACCAGAGAGCUCUGCGCGAUCCCAAUUUGAGGCCAGAUGUGUACGUAGCGGGACUACUAAGUGAUGCAUCGGAACAAGAUAUUGAGGACUACCAAACCAAUCUAAGGAAGAUGAAGAAUCGUACUUCUACGGAUUUACAGCAAAAUGUGUACCAAAAUCGAACGCAGUUCAUCAAGAUUAGUAAAGAGGCAGAAAAGCUCAAAGGGGAGAUGCGCGCACUUCGAAAUCUGAUGGCGGAACUCAAAACAAAUACCACUGCGCUCAGAACUACCUCUUCACAAGGUCCAUCAUCCUCGUCGACUGAUUUUGACGGCUUUCCACCAACUCUGAGCAAAAGGGACAAGAGAAGUUCUGUUGCAGACCGAACUGCCAUGUGGAACUCGCAGCUUCAAGCUUUAUGGAAGACCAUUGAGGGCUCCCAAAAAUUUCUACCUGCGGCCCCUGGUCGUCACGUGGUACAAAAUGCCGGGCUUUGGAUAGAGCUUGAUAACGCUACUUGGAAAUCUCGAAGAGCCAUGCAGAUUGUGCUGUUGAAUGAUCAUCUUUUAGUUGCAUCAAGAAAAAAGCGCAAGGUCGAGGGCGCUGAUCAACGACAAGCGCCAUCAAAGUUGGUGGCAGACAGAUGCUGGCCACUAUUAGACAUUGAAAUUGUUGACCUUGCAGGGACGAGUGAAGGGACUAGUGUGCGUAAUAAGUUGGCCGAUGCGAUCAUGAUUAGAGGUGUAGGUCAGGAAUCUUUCACCUAUCGAACGGAAAAACCAGGUGACACGGAAAAGUCCUCUCUUAUGAUGAACUUUCGAAAGGCAGUAGAAGAGCUUCAUAAAGGUCUCAGAUCGGAAAUGGAAACGAGCAACAAGGCCAAAGAAACGAUUAACUACUUUGCUUCUCGUGACCCGGGAUUGUUAAAAAAGACAGAUUUACUUGAGACUCUUUCGGACAUCAAAGAUAUGCUUAUAGAAGUUGAUGGCAAGCAGCAGAAUCUGCGGUGGGUGGAAAGUCAGGUUGAUGAGUUGGAUAUCGAAAUCGCACUGCAGCAUUUUGACAUGGCAGUCCAACGAGUUGCAAAACUAAAUUCCUUAGCCAAGGGUCUUAAAAGCAAUAUCGUGGCCCAGGACUUCAUUAGUUUUAAAGCGGAUGAAAGAGCCACCAGACUUGCAGAACUAAUCACCCGUGAACUUGUUGAUACACAUAAUGAACCGAAAAAGGUUAGACGCAAUAUCAGCUGGUUAACAAGUCUUGGCUUCGAGGAUCGUGCAAGAGAAGCGUAUCUUGAAGCUCGGGGGGAAAUCAUUCAUAAGAGAUCAAGACAAUGUAUAUUCGAAGGCAAUCUUCACCAAUAUAUCUGGGAGGUAUCAUUCGUGUACUUCACAAUAAUACGGAAUACUGUGUCAACCUUUCAAGCCUGCUUUCCACAGCCUCUUAUGAGCGCAUGUGUCAAAUGGGCCAAAGAGCAGGUCGAUGCGUUCAAUGUUAUUCUUGCACGACAGCUUAGCAGCACCGAGAAGAACGGUCAAGUAUGGACUGAUUGUAUGGAUCAGGCGAGAGAGCAUGCAAAGAUGCUCUCCGAAGUUGCUUUAGACUUUAGCAGUCUCAUUGGUUCAACCCCGAUAGAUGUUCUCAAUGGAGCCAGAGGCGUAGGGUUAGGCUUGGCGUAA